AUGUUCAUAAUCCUCCUCCUCCUCCUUCCUUCUUUAAUUCUUCACCUUGUUAAUUUUCUCCUAGGACGAAAUGAGUUUCCUUCUUCUUCAACCCCUGAAUUGGAGCAUGAGGAAGCUCCCCAAGCAGUGCCUUCAUCUUCUUCAUCUUCAACCCCUGAAACAUUGGACUUUGAUGUCUUCCUUAGUUUUAGGGGUGAAGACACCCGCAAUAGUUUUACGGACCAUUUAUAUCACGGUUUGGAUCUGAAAGGAAUCGAUACAUUCAGGGAUGAAGAGAAGCUUGAGAGGGGAAAACUCAUCAAACCAAAACUCCUGAAAGCAAUUGAACACUCCAAGUUUGCAGUCGUCGUUCUUUCAGAAGACUAUGCUUCUUCAACUUGGUGUUUGGAUGAACUUGCCCAUAUUGUUCAAUGCAUGAAAGAGAAGAGACUAGAAGUGUUUCCGGUCUUCUACCACAUCGAGCCAUCUGAGGUAAGAAAGCAAACAGGAAAUUUUGGAAAGGCCUUUGCUAAGCAUGAAGAAAAUUUUAAGAAGGAAAAGGGAAGGAAAGAAUCAAAAGUUAUUGAGGAAAUAGCUAACAAGAUUUCAAAUAUAUUGAACGACAAACUCUCAAGUUCUGACAACGAUUUAAUUGGAAUGGAUUCUCGUAUGAAGAAAAUGGAGGAGUACUUGGCUCUUUGCAGGUCGGAUGAUGUUCGCACCAUAGGGAUUUGGGGGUUCGGGGGCAUUGGUAAGACAACUCUCGCAAAUGAAGUUUUUAAGAAGAUCAGGGACCAAUUUGAUGCUAAAUGCUUCGUUUCCUCUGUUAGAGAGGAAUCCACAAAAACUAAGGAAAAAAAGGUGCUUAUUGUUCUGGACGAUGUUGAUAAACUAGAUCAAAUAAAGGCUUUAGCAGAUGAGUCUUGGUUGGGUCCAGGGAGUCGAGUCAUUAUAACAACUAGGGAGAAGCACGAGUUGGAUACGUGCGGACUACUUGCAGAUAGUAUAUACGAGGUUGACAAGCUGAAGGUUGGUGAAGAUUUUCAGCUCUUUUGCCGAAAAGCCUUCAAGGAAAACGAUGCUCCACAUGAUUAUAAAGAGCUGUCCAAAAAAUUUGUAGAAUAUGCUGGUGGCAUUCCUUUAGCUCUUGAAGUUUUGGGUUCAUGCUUGAGGAACACAGUGAAACAAAUCUUUCUGGACAUUGCAUGCUUCUUUAAUGGAGAGGAUCAAGUUCGUGUAAAGAGGAUAUUAGCAAGUUGCUGGUUUUAUCCUGAAAGUGGUAUGCGUGACCUUCUUGAUAAAGCCCUAAUUAAAAUUAACGAAAGAAAUGAACUGUGGAUGCAUGAUUUACUCCGGAAAAUGGGUCAAGACAUUGUUCGUAGAAAAUUUCCUAAUGAGCCCGGAAAGCGCAGUAGGUUGUGGAUUAAUGAGAAUGCCUACAAACGCAACAGGUCAUGGCAUGACAAAGUACUCGCAGAGAAUACGGGAACAACUGCUGUCGAAGGCAUAUUCCUGAGCUUGCUGGCAAAGGAAGAGAUACAGUUGGAUGCUGACCCAUUCGCUAAAAUGUGCAACCUAAGAUUGUUGAAGAUUUGUAAUGUGAACUUUUCUAGAUGCCCUGAGUAUUUCUCUAAAGAGUUACGGCUUCUGGAAUGGCAUGAAUAUCCUUUAGAAUCUCUGCCAUCAAGUUUUAACCCAUGUCAGCUUGUUGAACUCAAGAUGCCUAACAGUCGCAUUACCCAACUAUGGCAUGAAAGUUGUACCACGAUGGAAAACUUAGUACAAAUGGAUCUUUCCUACUGCAAAUUCUUGAUCAAGACCCCAGACUUCAGAAAGGUCCCAAAUCUUGAGAGGUUGAUUCUUGAAGGUUGUGAAAAAUUAUCAGAGGUUCACGCAACAAUUGGGGAUCUCCAACAUCUCGUUGUAUUGAGUAUGAAAGGUUGUGAAAGUCUAGAGAGCCUUCCCUACUCCGUCAGCUUGGAAUCUCUUAAAACCUUUAGUCUUUCUGGUUGUUCAAAAUUCAAAGAGUUUCCAGAGAUUGUGGGAAACAUGGAAGCUUUGUCAGAACUUUAUUUAGAUGGGACGGCUAUAAGGAAGCUGCCGGCAUCAAUCCAGCAAUUGAGGGGCCUUAUUUUGUUAAAUUUAAGUGGUUGCAAGAACCUUACGAGUUUUCCGAUGGCCAUUUGUAGUUUGACAUCUUUGAGAUAUAUACAUCUGUCUGGCUGCUCACUCAUUGACAUACUGCCGGAAAACCUGGGGAACUUGGAACAGUUGCAAGAGCUUGAUGCCUGUAAAACUGCUAUAACAAAAGUGCCUGUGUCCGUUUUAUCACUUCCGAACCUUAAACGAUUAUGUUUCCGCGGAAACAAAGAUGUGCCAGUUAAAUCCUCUGUAUCCGCUGAACAUGAAGAUGAGCUGGCGGAAUCCUCGGUUUCCACUGAACAUGAAGAUGAGCUGGCGGAAUCCUCUGUAUCCACUGACACUGAGCAUAGAGAAGUGCAAAUGGAAUCCUCUGAAACCAUGAGCUGGCCAAACGUGUUGCCAGCAGAGGGUAUCACGUUUAUCCUUCCAAUGAAAAGAAAAUACAUAUGGUUUUUUUCCUUUUCCAAUAUAUUAAAUCCACGUCAAAAGAUUAUGUUAAGGCUUCCCUCAUUGCAUCUUUUAGAUUUGAGUGGAUCAUACUCUCUUGUGAGGUUACCCGAAAGCGUCUCUCAGUUUUCUAAGCUUAGAGAACUUAGGUUGUUUGGGUGUAUCAACCUUCAGUCGUUGCCAAAACAACUUCCGUUGAGUAUAAAGUUCAUAGAUGUACGUCAUUGUCCUAUGCUGCCAAUUUCAAAGAAUUUGACAGUAUGGACUGCUAUUAACUGUUUUAGUUUCAUGAUUUGUGGAAAUUCCCCCGAGGAUGAAGAUAGAACAAGGCACCACCUUGCAGUUCACGAACUUCAUGAUGAACUAUUCUUUUCUAAAUACAUUGAGGACCGAAUUUAUCAUGAAAAGCCAUUUGAAAUUCGCGCUCAUUUUCCUCAUAGUACGAGAGUUCCGAACUGGUGCGGACAUUGGAUGAGUGGGUCUUCUGUAAGAGCCAAACUACCUAUUGAUACAGAAGGUAGUAAUAAUAGGUGUAUAGGGUUUGCCCUAUUUGUUGCUUUCGAAAUCCUUGAGAAUGAAAAGUUUCAGAAAAGUUGGGAAUUGGAAAAGACUGUUUGCCAUUUUUCCACCCGUGAAGGUCGUCUUGAACACCCCAUAGUCUUUCAAAACUUUGAAGACUACAGGGUUGGGUCGUCCUAUGGACUUUGCUGCUACGAGCCCCGAGGCGGGCAGUUUGCAAGGCAAUUGAAUGAAGGGAGUCGACAAUUUGAAGCUUCAGUUACAACGAAUCGACCAGACUUGGAAGUAAAAGGGUGCGGGAUACAUUUCAUAAGGCAGCAAGAUGUUGCAGAUUUUGUUAAGAAUUUAAUACCAAUUGCUAAUCACCGUCAACACCCAGGAUUUGAGCUUUGGUCUACAUUGGAAAGCUCUGGUGCUGAGAUGGUACUUGUAUAUGAUCGAUCCAUGGGAACCUCAAUGAACUUUCCACUCUGA